AUGGACCCAUUUGGAGAUAACAAUGCUGUAAAAAACAAUGUACCUCAGGAGAUUAUGGCUUUUGCACCACCUGCAGAAAUUAGUGGAGACUUUUAUGAAGUAGAGCCCACGGAAGAUGCAUUGACGAAUGAUGCCUAUGGGGAAGACUAUCAACACACGAACGAGAGUUAUCGGCCCACGGAUUUUGAACCUCGACAGUCCAUGGAUUUUGGAUCUCAGCAGCCCAUGGAUUUUGGGUCUCAGCAGCCUAUCGGAAUGCAUGCAGGGUUUCAGACAGAAAUGGAGACCCCUGCUUCAAUUCCGCUCGUGGAAGAUGAAAAUGAGCUCACGAAGUUUAUGCGUGAGUACGAGAAGCAAAUUGCACUGAAGGCUCAGGAGCAGGAAAAGGUGGCAGAAGAGUGUAAGGCCAAAGCCGAAGAAGACAUGGCGCAGUUUUUGGCUGAACGCCAGCGCAUUAAGGAGUCCAAGAUGCAGUCGAACCGUGUGUUUGAGCAGGCUGCCAUGGAAAAGAUGGUGGCAGAUUUGCAAAAUGAGAACCCAUGGGAGCGUGUAGUGACACUUGUGGAUCUAGAAACGAACCGCAAGAAGAAGCUUGAGGCACUUCAUAAGAAGGAAUCGGAAGAGCACGAGCCGAAACCCGUUGCUGUGCCUGCUAAGAAGACUCCCGAAGAUGAGGAGGAUGUCUCUCGAAUGAGACAGCUGUUUGUGCAGCUUGAAGACUACACCACUUGA